AGAGAACAAGAAGCGGAACAAGAGCAGGAAGGAAGAAGAGGAGCGGACCCAUGUGCCGUCGGUUCUUCUGGGCCAGUGAGCGCGGCCGAAUCUGGCGAGAAAGCCUUAACUAACUCCCAGCAAGUUUGGCAAAGGGCGAGCGAGAAAGCAAGACACAAUGAGUGGGGAGUACUCGCAAACUGGAUACGACCUGCGUCGAUCUCGACCAUUCGGGAAUAUCGCAUGAUUAGAAUCGCUGCGAAUAUGCGACCCUCGGGUCGCUUGCGAGCGAGGAGCGAGGAGCGAGGAGCGAGGAUAAUGGGGGUGACAAAUCACAUCGGGCUAAUUGGCCUUUGUCCAAGAGCGUUUGAACGCUUCGUGCUGAUUCGGCUGGGCCCGCACCAUGAUCAAGAAGAUUCACUUGUAUCCACCACAAACGAGAAUCGUCUUUUGUUUCUUUUUUUCCUGCGAGAGAAUAUUGUUUGGAAGUUGGCGCCUUCACUCUUUCAUUCACUCACUCUUCAUUCAUUCCUCCUUUCCUUCUUUCUUGAACCCCUCACGCAUCUCAUUUGCUUGCUGCUGCUGGUCCUCCUCCCCUUCAUGCAUGCUUCGUGUGUCCUCUUCGCUUCGAAACAUCCCGUGUGUAGGCCAGGGCAUGGAUGGGCUGGGUCGGGCGGGGCGACCUCCCUUACAAUAAGCCCUUGUAUGCAACAGAUGAGAUUUGACCAGAGGUUUUUUAUAAAAAAAAGGAGCAACGAGGACGAAGAGAAGAUCCCUUUCGGAUGCAUACGUGGAACCUGUCCAUAAAUAUUCAAAGCAGAUAGGAAGAGCGGGGAGACGGUGUGCAUAUUCGAAGAUGUCAACUCAACUUGCUGUUUCAAGAUCAAUUGAAUGAUAUAUGAGACUCUAGAAGAUCAAAUCUAAACAAAUUAUAUACAAUCAUAUACAUUUCUUCAUUCAAAGUUAAUUAAAUCAUCUGCA